GGAGCCUGAUGCCGCGGACACUCGACAGCCAGAUCACGGUGGAGAAGACCCCCAGCUACUUCGUCACCAAGGAGGCGCCGCGGCGGAUCUUCAACAUGUCCCGGGACACGAAGCUGAUCGGGGGGGGCAGCUCAGCCUACACGCAGACGCUGUCCAAGAAGCCGGACAUCCCCACCUUCGAGGGGCUGUCCUUCCGCAACCGCAGCCUGGGGCUGGUGGACACGUCCUGGAACGCCAUCCGCAUCGGGAUGUACGCUGUGCACCUGGAGAGCUGGCUCCAGUACUUCCCCCUCUCCCAGAUCCACUUCGUCAGCGGGGAAAAGCUGAUCACGGACCCGGCUGGGGAGAUGGGCAAAGUCCAGGACUUCCUGGGCAUCAAACGGAUUAUCACGGACAAGCACUUCUACUUCAACAAGACAAAAGGCUUCCCUUGCCUGAAGAAGUCAGAGAGCAGCGGCUUGCCCCGCUGCCUGGGCAAGUCCAAGGGCAGGACUCACGUGCAGAUAGACCCCGAGGUGAUUGAGCAGCUGCGGGACUUUUAUAGACCUUAUAAUAUCAAAUUCUAUGAAACGGUCGGGCAGGACUUCAGGUGGGAAUAAGCGUCCGGGAGCAGAGCUGCGGUGAUGCCAGGCUGCAGUCUUCC